AUGACUUCAUACUUUAGCAACCUCUCACAGCGUAUUGCAACUGCUCUCAAAUCAGCUGGCCCUGUAGCUGUUAAGAGUCAGAUCCCUCCACCUAAAUUCAAUGUUAAUCUAAAGACAACUGCAGAGGAUCUUAUACAUACUUUUAAGCCAAUAGAGAUCACUUCAAACAAGGUUGGAUGUGAUGGAGGUAAUGGACCACUGGGCCACCCAAUGGUUUACAUCAACUUGGACAAUCACGAGCCUCAGGCAUGUGGAUACUGUGGCGUUCGUUUCGUCAAGAAGGACGGACAUCAUCACCACUAA